AUGCCUACAGUAAAUGCAUAUGCUUUAGCAACAGUUUUUUUUGUCGCUUCUUAUUUUUUUAACUGGCAUGCCUUAUUAUCAACGGAUUGGUUGGUUUUGGACAUACCACCAUUUAAUAGACGAAUGAGUUAUGGAUUAUUCCAGGUGUGUACAAAUCUUUUGAUCAAUGAGUGUAGACCAUUUCCAUCAACAAGUUACAGAGAUUGCGAAGAAAAAUAUUUUUGUGAAGAAUGGAUUCUAUCAUCUAGUCUUAUGGUAGCAGCGUCAGCUAUAGGAGGACUAACGCUGCUUUAUUUAAUGUUUGUAUUAAUUGGUGGUAGAUAUGCAAGGGAAACAUCUUGGAAAGAUCAAUUAGUUAAACCAUUAAUACUGAUCAUUAUGGGUAGUAGCGUCGUCGCCUUCGUCGAUAUUGUCAUCAUGAUUGAUAAAGUAGACAACGUUAUUAUUCAUAAGUUGACUGGACUGUUGGUAGUAAUAGUCGAUACGGAUAUUAGGAAAUUUAUGGGUCGGAAUAAACUCGACAAGAUUUGA